GCAGUAGAAAAGAUCCCGAAAGUUUUUACUAAUUAUUAUUUUUGUCUUAAAAUUUCUCCUUAUAUUCGUUGUUGCUUGCUUUACGCUGAAAGACCUGAUGAAUAUUUUAGGGCCCUGAGAAGUGCGCAUGACGCAUUCGGUUUAUCGCCACGUUUUAUCUGCGCGUGAUGAAACUUUCAUGCGUCUUCCUCUUGUGUUGUGCAGGAAACUCUGCGUAUCCUCCCGUUAAUCCACACGUGCUUUAGGUGACAAUUUCACAUCCCCGCGAAGUUUCUCAAAACAAAUAAGAAAAGGCUCCGUAACUUUAUACAGCCAAUGAAUUAAACAUGGCCCUGAGUCCCACAAGGCCGAUCACCCGAAGCCUCUGAGCUGUACAAGCGGUGAAAGGCGACAUAAUCUCUCCGGUACAAGAUCGCGGCCGAGAUUUGAAUGGACAAAACGAGCGUGAUCACAAUAAGGAACGAGUGAAAUGGACGCGGCGGUGCGGUGAGAAGGAAGCAAAAAGGAAGCGAGCGCGUUACCGGCGGAGUCCGAGCGCAACAUGGAGAGCGGCCGCGGCCUUGCGCGCGUCAUCCAGCAGCUACAGGAUGACAUCAGGAAGCUGGAGACGGAGAACAAGGCGCUGCGCGGGCAACUCAGCAAAACACCACCCACCGGCUCUCAACGGAGAGAAGGAACCACGGAGAACCACGCCAACCUGAGACGGAACGUGUCGGUGCCGGCGCUGGAGAACCAGUACAAAGAAAAUAUGAUCAUGACUGUCCGGAGGUAUUCCAUAUCAUCAAAUGCCAUUCAUGUGCCCUGUGAGAGUGUGAGCUCAAAUAAAUCUCGUAGCGACAGCGACUGGGCCAGACUGCGAGGAGGCGCUUGCGGACUCAGCAAUACGACUACAGAAGACAGAGACAAAGCAGACGGCAAAUCAGCAAACCGGCGCAAGCUUCAGCAUUGUGUCAACAAAGCCAGAGCCAAAGAGAAGACGGUCACAUUCCUGCUCCCUGUGGAUGACAUCUACACCAACCGGCCCUUUGUGGCAGACCACCUUCCCGACACGAGCUCAUGUGAUCUCCAGGCGAUAUCAGAAACAGAUUCAUGAGGCAUGAACAAACAAUAAAAGACAAACGAUAUGAUCUCACAUUUAAUCUCAUCAGAGGAGCUUCGUCACUGUACACGGCUGCGUUUUUCAGGUCACAGUGAUGUUUGAUUUCUACACUUGAUCUCCUUUAAACCGAGUCCAGUUACAGGUUCGGUUUAAUGAAUUCAUUCUGCAUAUGUUUUCCCCCCGGAUGGACCAAUCAGGUGUCACGUCCCAGCAAAGUCGUGCGGCUUCUUCGUAUGGCAUGAUUUACUUGAACAUAAAGGCUACUACAUGUGGUACAGAAGCUGAGAUUGUACCUGGACUGGUGCAGGGAUGUUUAGCACUGAGACUCUGGGACUUUCUGGUGAUAAGGUUAGGACUUCCUGCUUCAACGUAUAAAAAAAUACCAAAAUGAUCACUGGAUUUUAAGCACUGACCAAGUGUUCAGUUGUAAAACUUUACAUAUUCUGAAACUAGUGUUUUGUGGCAAUCUUAAAUUUAAUUCUAUUAUGUUAAAUACCUUCAUAUGAGGUUGGAUAUUAUUCAUUAUCUGCUCUUCUGUGCUUAUAAAUGUAAUCAGAGUUGGCUGUAAUCACACAAACUGUAAAUCUAACUGUAUUUGGGUCUUUCAUGUACGCUUUUAUUAUUGCCUGUAUACCCAGUGUAAGAGAAAACUACAGAUGACUAAACAAAUAAAUAUAUAACUACAGGAUGAGUCCAUUUCAGUAACAUUUUAAACAAUUGUUCUAUGACAAAAUACUGUUUAAUUUAAUAUUUCCUUUUCGUGUACUAAACUGUAAAAACUGCUAUA